AUGAUUAAUGCGCUAAGAUCAACAAGAAGACAGCAGCACUACAUACCAGUUUUCUCGUGCUCGAACUUGCCAAAUCAUACAAUUACCCGAAAGCCGUCGGGUUUAAGGUUUGCGUCGUCCGGAUCUGAGCCCAACCGAACCGAUUCUUCCGACGAAAUGGAUCAGGAAAAAAGCCCAGCGAAAGAAAUGGAUCAGAAGAAAAGCCCAGAAAAGUCCAACAUCAGGGAUACAAUGUCGUCAAUGGGCGAAGGAUAUGCGACGAGGUCAGACGAGGAAGGGUUCGGUGGAAUCUAUGGAGGAAACCAAUACCUUGGCAAGGACGAUGAAGAGGAAAACAUUUUGAUGAGAGUCAAGGGAGUGAAGUGA